GCAAUGGAACAGGUAUGGUUGCUGCUCCUGCUGACGAUUAAAGUGCUUUCAGUGACUGCUCAGUUCAAUGGAUACAACUGUGAUGCUAACCUCCAUAGCAGGUUUCCUGCUGAACGAGAUAUUAAUGUUUUCUGUGGAGUACAGACAAUUACUAUGAAGAUAAAUUUUUGCACAGUUCUUUUCUCUGGUUAUUCUGAGACAGAUCUGGCACUGAAUGGGAAACAUGGGGAUGCCCACUGCAGGGGUUUCAUCAAUAACAACACCUUUCCAGCAGUGGUCAUUUUCAUCAUCAAUCUGAGUACUUUGGAAUCUUGUGGAAACACUUUAGUGGUAUCCUCAGCUCGAGGUAUCAAUGCUUAUGGAAAUACCUCAGUGAUACAGAUAGGUAAUGUUUCAGGCUAUAUUGAUACGCCAGACCCACCAACAAUUAUCAGCUAUUUGCCUGGGCUUCUGUACAAAUUUAGCUGUAGCUACCCACUGGAGUACUUGGUUAACAAUACCCAACUUGCUUCGUCAUCAGCUGCUAUUUCUGUAAGAGAGAACAAUGGUACAUUUAUCAGCACUUUGAAUUUGUUGCUUUACAAUGAUUCAACAUACAGCCAGCAGCUCCUUAUUCCAAGUACAGGUUUACCUUUGAAAACCAAAAUAUAUGCAGCUGUAAGAGCAACCAACCUUGAUGGAAGGUGGAAUGUUUUGAUGGACUACUGUUACACCACUCCAUCUGGUAAUCCUAAUGAUGAUCUUCGAUACGAUCUUUUUUUAAGCUGUGACAAGGACCCACAGACAACGAUAAUUGAAAAUGGCAAGAGUCAAAUGGGCCGGUUUUCCUUUGAGGUGUUUCGCUUUGUGAAACACAAGAACCAGAAGAUGUCAACAGUCUUCCUUCACUGUGUGACAAAGUUGUGCAGAGCAGAUGACUGUCCCUUUCUUGUGCCAAUUUGCAGUAACAGAGAAAAGAGAGAUGCUGGUGGGAGGACAACUUGGAGCCCUCAGAGCACAUCUGGCAAUGCUGUAAUCUCUGCUGGCCCCAUCAUUACAAGGAGUGAUGAGACGCCAACCAACAAUUCAGAGCUCGCUCAUCCAAAUGGACCUCCUUUCCAGAUGAACUCAGUCACCAGUGCGCUGAUUUCAGGCAUUGUUGUCCUAGGAAUAUCAAGCAUUUUCUUUUUUGUAUGUUCUCUAACUCUUCUGCACAGGAAUUGGCCCAACAGUUCAGUCCUGAGUGGCAUCCGAAACCCAGUUUUCAACUGAAAGUGAUGAUUUAUUUGCACUUUUUCUUUGGGGUUGCCUUUCUUGUCUGUGAAAUAUGAUUCCAUUAAAAAGUAAUAUGAAGGCAACACUCCAGUGGUAUCCAGCUUCUAUUCUGGUUAUUAUACAUUUUUAGAUUUGCUAGAUGUUGUGUAGGUAAGUGGCAGUGAUAUUGGUAACAAGCCUAGAAAAUGAUAAGAAUCUCAAUUGUGUUUGCAAUCAGACUGCAUGACAUUAUGCCCAUGAGUGUGCUGACAAUAGAGCUCAUGUCUUCAUGAGAACCUUUCCAAGUAUACCAUUUUUAUACAAAACCUGACACAUUCAGGAAAAGUCAUAAGUUCAUAAACACUUAUUAAGAUAUGGAUCACUUCCCUUUUGUCUUUAUAUUUUUCACAAAUUUAAAAAAAAACAAGUGCGUCUCAGGAGGAACUUGUUUUCAACUAUCUUAGCUAAAAACAACCAUAGAGGGACUCAGAACAAGGAGCUUUUACUUAUUAGUAGUUUGGAAAUGUUUUGUUAGAUAUGUCUUCCAUUGAAUUGUGGUGGAAUCAUGUGAAGGACAACAUUUGGCUGGUUAUCUUGGAGUCAAAUUGUUUAGGGCAAACUGCAGUUGGUCCCAGAGAACGACGCUGCAGCUCUUGAGGUGAAAAAAACUUUUUCCAGCAAAACCAUUGAGCUGGGAAUCACUGAGAGCUUUAAAUCUAAAGUUCAUCAGGAAGUUCAUUUUGCACAGAAUUACCACAUGUGCAGACUUCAGUCAAAUUCUAACCCAGGAAACUGCUCCAAGGGGAAGAGUAUUCCUCACCCUCCUGACUCCUUGAAUAGGCAAGCUAAUACAAACAAGUAUUGCCAAACCUUUCCUCACAGAAAAUUAGUUUUCAAGAACAAUCUGGCAGUUGAAUAAAACUCUCACUAAUAUCCUAAUUUGUAAGUGCAAGUUUUGCCCCAUGAGUUUUUCAGAUCUCAGAUAAGGCUUUCCUUUCUACAUGUAGAGUCAUCAAUCGGUGCUUUAGCAGAUUUCUUUAGUAGAUUUUCUGCAUGGGUUAGGCUUCACUGCAUGGAUGAGGGGGAGAGGGCAACUAGAAGGAUAACAGGCUACAAGCAGUACUGUACUCUUGACUCUAGUCAAUCUGAUAAACAUCAGACUUACCUGAAGUGAGCGUGAGUGACCAGGUGCCCUCAAACAGGAGCACAGGGCAGUGGCUUAGCUGUGUAGAAUAGAGAAAAAUGCUGGCACUAGAGAGGCCACUGUAGACACAACAUAUUAAGCUGGACUGGAUAGACAGUUGGGAUUUUGGUCAUGCAUACAGCAGUCAAAUUUCAUUUUUCAUGUACUGUACAUAUUGACCUAGAAACACCUCACUGAUAUUUAUCAUCAUCCUGUGUUAACCAUGUCUGUGUUUUCACUGUUGUGACAGAGCUGGCUAAUGAUCAGGGCUUUUUGGCUCUCAAGACUAAAGACAAAUACAGACUUGUUCUCAGUUUUCUCUGAUCCUGCACAUGCUGUAUAAAGGCCUGUUGUUUGCAAAUUCCACUGUGCUGUAGGGCGGUAUCCCUAACAACCAAUACUGUGC